UUUCGUGGCCAUAUUUGUUGUUAUAAUUUUUCGAGGUUAGAUUAGUAAUUUAACAGACAGUCGCAUGUAAAUAGUAUUUAUUAAUAAUAAAAAGAUAUGACAUCUUAUAUAUCGUGUGCUUGUAAUCGAGUUCCACAUUCGGCUGACUGGGGACGAAAUGGUCUCGUUUGCUUUGCAGCAUGUCAUGCGGUUGCAAUUUACGAUCCGUCUGUCUCAAAAAUUGGAAAAGUGACAAAUACACUUCACCGGCAUAAAGGACGUGUUAAUACAGUUCGAUGGAUCAAACGACUUAAUUCGGAAAGUGAAUUCGAAUUAUUAUCAAGUUCGACGGAUGGAACUGCUAUUAUUUGGAGCAAAUUGAAGGAAUGCUUUGAAUGCACCUCUGUUAUUGAAUGUGGCGAUGCCCUUACAUUUAGCAAUUCUUUGUACCUUUCUAAACAUGAUUCUCGAAAUGAAGAAACCUUUCCUAAGUUACUGAUAUGUACCGGAUCGAUUAAAGGUGAUUUAAAAAUAUGGUCCAGAGAUACACGUGGCAACGUAAAAUGUUUUCAGGUACUCAUGUCCGAAAGGAAGUUACCAAUAGAAGCUUCUUUCUCUCGUUUACCACAUACGAAUCUGACACUUUUAGCAGUCGCAACGGAAAGCUCAACAAUCGAGCUAUACGCAACAGAUUCCGAUAUUAUAGAAGAGUUACGUUUCAUUAAGGUCCAAGUUUUAGUCGGACACGAAGAUUGGGUACGUUGUAUGGAUUUUAAUCGCGACACGGAUGAUAGCAUUUUACUCGCGACUGGUUCUCAAGAUGCUAUGAUACGAUUGUGGAAAAUUUCUGUUAAUGUUAAUAAAUAUUCAAACGAUGAAUUGUAUCAGAAAGAACAAGUAUUCGUAGCGAAGGGUACGAAGUACAAUAUUACUUUGGAAUCUGUGCUUUACGGUCACGAUGGCUGGAUUUACGGCGUACAUUGGUAUCCGUUGCAAACAACGAAAAAUAGAACUUUAAGAUUGUUAUCUUGUUCAAUGGAUAAAUCCAUGAUUAUAUGGGAGCCAGACGAAAUAACUGGAAUUUGGUCGGAAAAAGUUAGAGUGGGAGAAGUUGGUGGUAAUUCAUUAGGUUUUUACGGUUGCAAAUUUAGCGGGAACGGAUCGAAUAUACUAGCCCACGGAUAUCAAGGGUCCUUUCAUAUUUGGGAAUACUUGGACAAUGCAAAGAAUUGGAUUCCAAAGUCUAUGCCAAGCGGUCAUUUCGCAGAAGUAGUCGACCUUUGCUGGGACCCUAAAGGAAGGUUUCUCGUUACUACAAGCACAGAUCAAACAACGAGAAUUCAUGCACCAUGGAAAAAUAAAACGACAGAGUUUUGGCAUGAAAUUGGACGUCCGCAAGUUCACGGAUACGAUAUGAAUUGCUUAGCCGUGUUAACUCCGUACAUGUUUGCUUCAGGAGCAGAAGAGAAGGUUACACGUAUAUUCACAACUCCGAUAACGUUUAAGAACUAUUUAGGAAAAAUUGCUGAUAUCGACGACUUUAAAAAUACGGUAGCCGAAAGUGCAUCGGUACCUGCUCUUGGAUUAACGAAUAAAGCGACAUUUAACGAUAGUAUUCGAACGAAAGAAACCGAAAUCGAUGAUUUUAAAAAUGAAGAUUACGUUCCUCCCACAGAGGAAGAGUUGAUGCAAAGUACGCUAUGGCCAGAACUACAAAAACUUUAUGGUCACGGCUAUGAAAUAUUUUCCAUAGCUGCCAGACACGAUGGAUCCUUAUUGGCGACUGCGUGUAAAUCAACUUCAACGGAGCAUUCUGCGAUAUUAUUAUGGAAUACGGUCACAUGGACGCAAAUUCAGAAACUUAUAUCUCACCAAUUAACCGUAACGCAAAUGGAAUUUUCACCCAACGACAGAUACCUAGUAUCCGUAUCCAGAGAUAGAAAGUGGUCGUUGUUCGAAUGCAACGACGAUAAGUAUACUUUAAUAGCAGCCAGUUUGAAAAAAGAUAAUCUUCACACUCGUAUAAUAUGGUGCUGUUCGUGGACGCAUGAUUCAUGUUUCUUUGCGACUGGUUCUAGAGAUGGAAAAAUUGGAAUUUGGAAUCCAAAGCUUAUCGAUGACAAAGUUCUUCCAGUCACGCAUUUGGAUGUAAAAGAUUCUGUUACAGCGCUUUCGUUUGCUCUUCUGAGUAUAUCCGAAUGUACUUAUAUUUUAGCAGUAGGAUUUGAAUCAGGUUGUAUAGAAAUACAAAGGUUGCAAAUGUUUACAAAUAAUUUUGUAUGGCAAAAGUGUAUAGUGUAUAAUUCUUCUCAAGCGCAUCAUUUAACUGUAAGAAGGCUUAAAUUUCGACCACAAAAACAAUAUACAAAUAUCGUACAAUUGGCAAGCUGUGGAUCUGAUCAUACUGUUAAAAUACACGAUAUAGAUAUUACAAUAUAAAAAGAUCUACGAAAUAUUCGCAUUUUUAUAUAAUAAAAUUGUUUACUUGAUCUUAA